CGACAGCAACUAUUUCCCUUGUACAGGGUGCGGUCCAUUUCAUAUAAAUAGGUCAUUUUCCCAUAGAAACAGACACUUGUUGCAACCGAACGUCACGCAACAUGUUUGUAAAACUGGUGUCUCUGGCCCUGUGCCUCACUUCCACACUCGCCGCCUACCACGGCCCCCUAGCCGGCGGCCUCCCCGCCGACCUCUACCCCGCCGGCGUCUCGCCCCAAGCGUGUCCCAACUUCCCCAACUGCGCUAAUCCCGCGGUCGCCGCCAAUCCAGGCCAGGCCGCCAACCAGGCCUGGGGCCAGCCCGCCUGGAACAACCAGCCCAAGCCCGCGUGGACCCAGCAGCAGAACCAGUGGAACGGCAACAACCAGCAGUGGAGUAGUGGGGACCAGUGGAACGGCAACCAGAACGCUUUGGACAGGGGAGAAUACACCGGCGAUGGGGAUUACCAUGGGGAAGGAUUGGCAGAGGCUUUGGCUCCCGGGUAUGAGAAUUCUGGCGGAUGGAAUAAUUGGAAUAAUGGCGGUAACCAACAGUACGCUCAACCCGCCCCAAACUGGAACCAAGGCUAUCAAGGCGGCCCUAAACCAGCUCAAAUUCCAGCGGGCGUAGACCCAGGCUCCUGUCCGAACUACCCCUUCUGUCAUUAGACGGCGCUAGUUUAUUUAUAGUCUGCAGUUCCCGCCGCUAGAUGGCGCCAGCUGACAAUGUGUUCGUGUGCGAGUUGCGUGUAAAUAAAUACAAAAUAAAAAUGGAAAGUCUG